ACGGGGGAUUUUGACCAAAAGCCCUCUUCUCUCCCCCCUCCCUCCCUCUUAAGAUGGCGUUCUGCAGAGUGUGGUGGGCUCGGGGCGUUCUCUGGGGCUCAGCGAUCACCCCUGGACCAUUUGUCAUUCGGAGGUUGCAACUUGGUCGUUCUGGCCUGGUUUGGAGGGCCCUUCGGUCUUCAAAGCUUCAUCUCUCUCCAAAGGCAGAUGUGAAGAGCUUGAUUUCUUAUGUGGUGACCAAGACAAAAGUGAUUAAUGAGAAAUACCAUCGUUUCUUGGGUCGUAAUUUCCCCCGCUUCCACUUCAUGUACACAAUCUUCACGAAAGGAUUGCGGAUGUUAUGGGCUGAUGCCAAAAAGGCUAGAAGAAUAAAAGCAACUAUGUGGAAGCACAAUAUAAAGUUUCAUCAACUUUCCUACCGGGAGAUGGAGCAUCUGAGACAGUUCCGCCGAGACGUCACCAAGUGUCUUUUCCUAGGUAUCAUUUCCAUCCCACCCUUUGCCAACUACCUGGUCUUCUUGCUAAUGUACCUGUUUCCUAGGCAACUACUGAUUCGGCACUUCUGGACCCCUAAGCAACAAAGAGAUUUCUUAGAUAUCUAUCAUGCUCUCCAGAAGCAGUCCCAUCCAGAAAUCCUUAGUUCUUUAGAAAAGACCGUCCCUGUCAUUGCUGAUGCAGGACUCCGGUGGCAUCUGGCAGAGCUGUGCAGCAAGAUACAGCAUGGUACGCAGCCAAACGUCAAUGAUAUCCUGGCUUUGAGAGAUUGUUUCUCUAACCAUCCUCUGGGCAUGAACCAUCUUCAGGCUUUGCAGUUGAAAGCCUUGAGCAGGGCCAUGCUUCUCACACCUCACCUGCCUCCCUUCUUGUUGAGAAGCCGUUUGAAGAAACACACCGCUGUGAUUCAUCACCUGGACAAAGCGUUGGCAAAGCUGGGGGUCGGUGACCUGACUGCUCAAGAAGUGAAAUCAGCCUGUUAUCUUCGCGGCCUGAAUUCUACACAUAUUGCUGAAGACAGAUGUCGAAUUUGGCUGGGAGAAUGGCUGCAGAUUUCCUGCAGCCUAAAAGAAGCUGAGCUGUCACUUUUGCUGCACAACGUGGUCCUGUUUUCUACCAACUAUGUUGGGACAAGGCGCUGA